CAGUCAGUACGCGGGUUGCAUGAAGGGACGGACACGACCGAACAAAAACUGUUUAAAAAAAUAGGCAAUUGUUGAAACUAAGCAAACAUUUACAAGUGAAGUGAAAAACGCAUAGUAAUUGAUGUAAACUUUUCGUGAAAAACAGUUGUGAUAGAAGAAAUCCUAAUUGAUAACCACUUAAAGCUUAAAAACGUAUAAACAAAUUCAAAUUUGUGUCAAAAAUUCCGAUAAAAACUAGUCCGGGCCGAGGUGUAAAAUUUAGGGCCGCACAAAUGUUGAAGUGGAAAAAAAUACAAAACUCGACAGGCCCUCAGCCUCGUCCAAGACAUGGCCAUAGGGCCGUGGCCAUUCGUGAACUAAUGGUUGUUUUUGGAGGAGGAAAUGAAGGAAUCGUAGAUGAAUUACACGUAUAUAACACAUUUACAAAUCAAUGGUAUGUACCGGCAACUAAAGGAGAUGUUCCACCUGGGUGCGCAGCAUACGGAUUUGUAGUAGAUGGAACAAGAAUUCUGAUAUUUGGUGGUAUGGUCGAAUAUGGAAAAUACUCAAAUGAACUUUACGAACUACAAGCAACUAAAUGGGAGUGGAAAAAAUUGCGACCUCAACCACCACUUUCCGGUGAUGCUCCAUGCCCUCGUUUAGGACACAGCUUCACUCUCGUGGGCGAUAAAGUCUUCCUUUUUGCAGGCCUUGCAAAUGAAUCUGACGAUCCAAAACAUAAUAUCCCAAAAUAUCUCAAUGAUUUGUAUAUACUCAACAUAAAAAACGGACAGUACAGUUGGGAAAUUCCUAUCACAUAUGGAGAAUGCCCUCCACCAAGAGAAUCGCACACAGCAGUUGCAUGGCAUGACAAAGCCGUUGGACGGCAUUAUUUAGUAAUCUAUGGAGGAAUGAGUGGAUGUCGAUUGGGAGAUUUAUGGAUUCUUGACAUCGAAACAUUGUCAUGGAGUCGUCCGAAAACAACUGGUGCUUCUCCCUUACCAAGAAGUUUACACAGUGCAACACUCAUUGGCGAUAAAAUGUACAUUUUCGGUGGUUGGGUGCCAUUAAUUGUCGACAACUUCACAUGCGAAAAAGAAUGGCAAUGCACCAACACUCUCGCUGUUCUCGAUCUGAAGACAAUGAUUUGGGAACAAAUUAACAUAAACAAUAAUGCAGUGACACCAGAACCAGCAUCUGGAGUUGAAUCGGAAGAUAUUCCGAGGGCAAGGGCAGGUCAUUGUGCAGUUGGAAUCCAUGGUCGACUAUAUGUUUGGAGCGGACGUGAUGGCUACAGGAAAGCUUGGAACAACCAGGUCCGGGUUUGCUGUAAAGAUUUAUGGUAUCUGGAAGUUGGACCGCCACCUCAAGCACAAAGAGUUCAACUUGUUCGAGCUAGUACGAGUGCGUUGGAGCUUAGUUGGACUUCGAUACCAAAUGCUCAAUAUUAUUUAUUGGAAGUUCAGAAAUUACCAGCAAAUGCAAGCAGUGGAAGUGAAAAAGCUGCUCUACCAACGACAGCAGCAUUGAAAGAAGAACAAGAAGAGAAAGCUGUUUCACCACAAAAAGCGACAACAAGUACAGCAUCAACUCCAACAAAAUUCAUUUAUCAGUCAGUUCAAGGAGCAACAGCUGCAGCUUCUGACAAAAAGCCGAUGAUUAUAGUUCAACAACCACAAAAAAAACCGUUCCAAAUUGCAACAUCAACACCAACAAUUCGAGGACAAUCUGUUUUCAAAGUUAUGCCAUCAAGUGUCGUAGGUAAUCAAGCAAUAAAAGUUGUUCAAAAGCCGAUUGUUUCAGCAGCUGGUGCUGUCCAUGUUCAACGUCCAACAUUUACUGGAAAUGUUAUUAAAUUAAUGCCAGGAACAAUACUAAGUGGCAAUAAGAUCAUUAUGAAGCCCAACACUACACAAUCUCAACAAAUCAUUAUGGGAAGUGGAGGUAUGAGAGCGAAUGUUGCUCAAACAAUUCGCCCAGUAGUUGCAUCUUCAAGUGGUGGUCAACAAAUAAAGAUCAACACUGUUUCGACUCCCCAACGUAUUGUCAUGCCAGCUGGAAAUGUUUUACAACAAAAACCAAUAACAAUUGGUGGGCGAACUGUGACACUUCAAAUUGCUGGACAGAAGAAAGUAACACUUCUGGGAAAUAGUGGAACUGUUCGACCAACAGGUCAACAGAAGAUUAUUAUGAUGCCUUCGGGAACAAUUGUACAAGCAACUUCAACAACUAGCAUUACAUCAGCAGCAACAGCCGCUACAGCAGCGACAGCAAAUUCAACCUCAUCACAACCUCGAAUAGACCAACUUGAUGGAGCGGUUGAUGAUCUUGAUGGAGAAAUGGAUCAGGAAGAUGAUGAUGAUAUUGAAAGUCAAAUAAGUACUGUGAAAAUUGAGAAGCAGACAAGUGACGAAGGUAAUGAGGGUGUUAAAAUAACCACAAGUGGAAGUAAUGAUAAACUCGAAGAGAAUGAAGCGGCGGCAAUUUUAAGCACCAUCAGCGAGCAGAGUCAUUUAUCAUCACAUUCUGUCAACACUGUGAUUCCUCUGCAUGAUGAGAAAGCUCUUCGAAAUUCACUUAAUGAAAAUUUACUUGCAUCACCAAUCAUAACAAAUUCAAUGAACGAUUUCAACGGCGAUUCUUAUGGUCGUCAAUCGCUUGAUGCUUUAGCAGCUGCCGCAUUACAAGCAUCAUCAAAUAACAUCAACAGCAAUAACAAAGUUGCCAAUCUUGUGUCAUCAUUGGGAGAUUCGUCUAAUGGCGGAAAAACGAAAGAUCCCGUUGAUGAUGCUGAUAAAUGGAUGGUCGUAGGAAUCUUUAAGACUUUAACACAAAACGUCACAAACUACAUAGAUUAUCAAUGGGAGACAUGUGUAGAUAAAUUGACGAGUGAAACUAUUCCUGAUCUCAGUUUGUUUGAGAAAAUUCCUCUUGAACAGGGACGUGCUUAUCGUUUCAGAAUAGCAGGAGUUAAUGCUUGUGGAGUUGGAAAGUUCAGUGAGCCGUCAUCGUUCAAGACUUGCCUACCUGGAUUCCCAGGGGCUCCAUCUGGAAUAAAAAUCUCAAAGUCAAAUCCUUCAACAAGCAAAACAGCGGCAGCAGCAUCAAGUGGAACUGCAAUCAAGCGAACUUCAAUGAUGCAACAAUCACAACAAUCACAAUUGAAGCGCUUCCGCCCUUCGUAACUUUGUUUUGUAUAAUUUAAAAGAAAUAUUUUAGUUUGAAUCAUCACGAACUACACAAAAUUAAAUAAUUAUAAAUUAAUUUAAUUAAUUAAUAAGUAAGAAGAAAAGAAAAAGCAAAUAUCUAUGACUAUACUUAGUACAUACUUAUUAUAUUUAGCCGAGAAGAGAAUAAGAAAUGAAUUUUUAUUGUUUGACUAAAUAUUUUCGAAAACAAAUUGUUAAUUGAAUUUCUUUUUCUUCUGAAGUUUCCGCGAUUAAUUUAGAUGUUAAUUAGAAGUAAGUUUUAAUAAGAAACCUUCGUAUUUUAUUACACUUUUACCAAUCACAAACAUGAACAUUAAUUUAAUUGAUUGUUCAAGAGAAAAAGAUAUCACAAAGCUCACUCAUUGUUUCUUCAUUCUAAAUAAGAUGAUGAUCUAAAACUAUUUGCAAAAAUGUAAAAACAAAAAAGAUGGAAGCAAAAGCAUAUUUUUCGAUAACUACCUAAAAUGAGAUUUUUGUUUCAAUUUUACCGACCCAGACACCGACUAAUAUUUCAUAAGCGCUCGCUUUAAGAACAAAUAAAGUUUUAACUAAGAAGUUGUUACAAAAUAUAAAAUGAUUUCUUGUAAAUAAACAACAAAG